CGGCGAAAAUACAAAGUUUAAUAAAUAAAUAAAUAGAAUAGAAUAGACAUGUGGACUAAAAUAAAUAUCUGCUUACGUCAAUAUGAGUUGUUGAAGCAUGAAUUUUGCUUCAGUAUGGGUCCCACCCACCGCAGCCAUGGUGGAAUCUCCCCAGUCCCCACCCUAAUUUCGUCUCCUUCCUCCAAGCUUCUAUUUUUUUCUUUUCCUGUAAUGUAACUAUAGUUACCUAUCUGUGUAAUUAGGUAAAGUUUGGGUUUAGGUUAGGCUUUUGCCAUUUUUUUUUUGUUUCCAUCCAUGGCUUCUGCUACUGCUACCACCUCAAUUUCAAGCUCUCACAUUCCUAUACGAACCCGCCGCCCAUUACUUUUCUCCGUUCCGAACAAUCUUCGCUUUAGCUGCCAUUGUCUACCUAACCGAGCUCAGAAAUUCUGCUUUCAUUGUCCUGAAUCGUUAACCCUAGGUAUCGUGAAUGGUGGACCUGGAACAAGGAGGGGAGUUUCGGCAAAUUAUACUAUAUUCAACGGUCAAGAUGGCGCUGAAGUAGAGCAGAGCUAUAAUUCCUUCGAAGACGAGCAGUUCGUGAAGUGGUUUCGAGAGGCUUGGCCUUAUCUUUGGGCUCAUAGGGGAAGCACUUUUGUUGUGAUUAUUUCUGGAGAAAUCGUGGCUAGCCCUCAUUUGGAUCCCAUUCUUAAGGAUAUUGCUUUUCUUCACCAUCUGGGGAUCAGAUUUGUUCUUGUUCCGGGUACCCACGUGCAAAUUGACAACCUUUUGGCUGAGAGAGGAAAUGAACCCAAGUAUGUUGGUCGGUAUAGAAUUACAGACCCCGAGUCUCUAGCAGCUGCAAUGGAAGCAGCUGGCGGGAUUCGUGUGAUGUUAGAGGCUAAGCUUUCUCCAGGACCUUCCAUAUGCAAUAUUCGACGACAUGGUGACAGUAGUCGUUUACAUGACGUAGGUGUCAGUGUUGCCAGUGGCAACUUUCUCGCAGCUAAGAAAAGAGGGGUUGUUGAAGGUGUUGAUUAUGGGGCAACUGGUGAAGUUAAAAAAGUAGACGUGGCGCGCAUGCGCGAGAGACUGGAUGGUGGUUGUAUCGUUAUAUUGAACAACCUGGGUUAUUCCAGCUCUGGAGAAGUUUUAAACUGCAAUACGUAUGAAGUUGCAACAGCUGCUUCGUUAGCUAUUGAAGCAGACAAGCUUAUUUGUAUAAUUGAUGGCCCAAUUUUGGAUGAAAGUGGACGACUUUUUCGCUUCCUUACCCUUGAAGAAGCAGAUAAGUUGAUCCGUCAACGGGCUAAGCAGAGCGAAAUUGCAGCUAGUUAUGUGAAGGCUGUCGAUGAAGAAGAUAUUUCUUGCAUUGGACGUGAUGAAGAAGAUAUUGCUUCUCCAACUAAUGGGAAUGCUCUUAGAGGAAGACAUAGUGCAAUGUUUCACAAUGGUGUUGGUUUUGACAAUGGAAAUGGACUGUGGUCUGGUGAGCAGGGGUUUGCUAUUGGAGGUCAGGAGCGGCUAAGUCGAUUAAAUGGUUACCUUUCUGAAUUGGCUGCUGCAGCUUUUGUUUGUAGGGGAGGUGUUCAAAGAGUUCAUUUGUUAGAUGGUACUAAAGGUGGAGUAUUGUUGCUGGAAUUAUUCACAAGAGAUGGAAUGGGGACGAUGGUUGCUAGUGACCUUUAUGAAGGAACCCGGAUGGCUAGGGUAACAGAUCUCUCUGGAAUCAGAGAAAUCAUAGAACCGUUAGAAGCAUCCGGUACGCUGGUUCGCAGGACUGAUGAAGAGCUUCUUGCGACAUUGGAUUCAUUUGUUGUCGUGGAAAGAGAAGGCCAGAUUAUUGCUUGUGCUGCUCUUUUUCCUUUCAUGGAUGAGAAAUGUGGAGAGGUUGCUUCUAUUGCUGUUUCCUCUAAAUGCCGUGGGGAAGGACAAGGAGAUAAAUUACUUGAUUACAUUGAAAAGAAGGCAUCUUCUCUCGGAUUGGAGAAUCUUUUCCUGCUUACUACCAGAACUGCAGAUUGGUUUGUUAGACGAGGGUUCUCGGAAUGUUCGAUUGAAUCAAUACCAGAGCAACGAAGGAAAAGGAUCAAUCUUUCCCGCAAGUCAAAGUAUUACAUGAAGAAGCUAUUACCCGAUACCAGUGGAAUCACAAUAAAAAGCAUUCGUUAAGAGAUAAACAGUAUGAAAAGGUGUAUGUAAGUCCCUUUGGUUUGGAGAAGAGGUGAAUACAUAUGUGUAGAACUAGAAAAUACAACUCUUUUGCAGUUGCAAGUUAUGGAAAAUCCAUCUAUUGCUUCUACUUAGGUUGCUCAUCAUUGUAGAGAGCAUGUUUUUUCGUAUCUUAGUUUGUGUUGUUGUAGGUACUUGACAGGUUGGGAAUAAUUAGAACAUUAAUUUGUGUUUCUUGUUGUAAUAUACUUUUUACACAAUAAAAUAGCUUAUUUUGGCCAGAAAA